AUGGCAACAACUGCACCGAACGACUCUGGAAGAAGAACAUUACAGUCAUCGCAAAAGGAACGCGGCUGCUUCUUUGCACACUCUCCUAAUUCGCUCCUAUGUCGUACCGUCAACGUCACUAUCGCCUAUGUUCUCUACACAUUUAUCACUCUCCUAUUGAUCGGGUUUACACUGUAUAUUGUCAUCAGAUUUUGGACUAAACCAACUAAUGAAUGGGUGACCGCGAGCGAUUACGGAAGUACAGUGUACGGUGCUAUGUUUAUCUGUGCACAUUGGGUCGGUGGAGUUUUGGUCAACCUGUGCGGCUGUGUGAUAGCGUCGAUAUUCGGGUUUACUUACAUCUUCGCUCGCUCUACAGUCGCUGGUGCGGCCACUGAUCUUCCAUUUGCAAUAUACGGCAUUCUGCUUUUAUCCUACUCCAUGUUAACAAUAUUCCAUGCGCGACGCAAACAAAUCGCUACCCACAAACGAUGGGCGGUAAGAACGUUUGCACUCGGAAUUGGAUCUGCAUUGUAUAGGCUCUAUGUGUCACCGUUAUUUAUAUAUUCCGUUUCGGCCAGGAAAAGUGGUGUUGCUGACGAAUUGGACUAUGAGGAAAAAUUGAAAUGGUUGACGAUUGCCGCGUGGCUCUUUUUCCUUCCCAAUUUGGUCGUUGCGGAAAUAUGGAUCUGGUGGUAUUGGGGAUACGAAGUGAGCGAGGAGGGGAUGGGAAGUGCUGAUCAGAGUAGUGGGGGAGAUCCAGAAGUGCGGCAA